GUGUAAUGUGAGCCGUCAGAACUACAGCACCCACAAUGCACCGCGACCCCAUUGGAAUUGAGGAAAGACGCAUCCAGGACAUCGACUCAUAUAACUCGCCACUCUCCUACACACUUACUAGUUCACGCCAAUUUCUUCUUCUCGACGGACCAGCUUGCCACAGAAUUCAAGCGCAGACCUUCUUUUUGUACAUCCAGACAUCUGAAUUUAUUUACAUUUAACGAAAACCUCCCAUUAGAGAAGAUUAGUGUUGAGUCGAAGUGGAUUUUCACAGCUAGCCUUCAGCUACGAAAAAAACAACAAACCCGGAACGCGAUUUGUUAUUUUUUUGGCAGACAAAACUCCGCAUAUAAACAUCCAAACAACCCUUUUUACUUUCAUGGACGACGAAAAACACACUUAUAAUGCUUUAUAGCUAAUAACACAUUUUAUUUGAUCGAAAAUACUCUCUUUUUUUGAGGACAUUUUCAUUUCCUCGCUAAGCUAGCAACUCCAGACAAAGAAAGAAAAGCAGCUUUCAUCGCAUCAUCACAUCUUGUCAACUUUUCGCCCUUUUUGAGUCCAUUUGUGUAGAAAUAAAGCAGAAAUGGCCCAUCAGAGCAGUGCUCAGGUCGCCAGCUCACAGAAAGCUUUAAUGCUGGAGAUGAAGUCUCUACAGGAGGAACCAGUGGAGGGUUUCAAGAUCACUUUAGUGGAUGAAGCGGAUCUCUACAACUGGGAAGUGGCGAUUUUCGGACCCCCAAACACUCACUAUGAAGGGGGCUAUUUCAAGGCUCGCAUUAAGUUCCCAAUCGAUUACCCCUACUCCCCACCCACGUUCAGAUUCCUCACCAAGAUGUGGCACCCCAACAUCUAUGAGAAUGGGGACGUGUGUAUCUCCAUUCUACAUCCUCCAGUAGAUGAUCCACAGAGCGGAGAGCUUCCCUCAGAGAGGUGGAACCCCACACAGAAUGUCAGAACUAUACUGUUGAGUGUCAUCUCUCUACUGAACGAACCCAACACGUUUUCUCCGGCCAAUGUGGACGCUUCUGUCAUGUACCGCAAAUGGAGAGAGAGUAAAGGAAAAGACCGGGAAUACGCAGAGAUCAUUAGAAAACAAGUUCUGGCCACUAAAGCCGAGGCAGAACGGGAUGGAGUGAAAGUUCCCACCACCCUGGCAGAGUACUGUGUGCGCACGCGUGCCCCCGCACCGGACGAGGGGUCUGACCUGUUAUACGAUGAUUACUAUGAUGACGAGGACUUGGAGGACGAGGAUGACGAUGACGAGGACUGUUGCUAUGACGAGGACGACUCAGGAAACGAGGAAUCAUGACGACAUUCCCAUUCCCACCUUCAUCCUCGUCUUCAUCAGCAUCAGCCCGAGAGUUGAAGCAUCAAGGCAUGCGCUCUGCAUUUACACUCAGAUGGCCAUUUUUGUUUCCUUAAAGGACUAAAAUGAAUUUUUUUUUUUUUUCCUUCAAAUAAGCAUUAUGUCGUUUUCCCUCCGUGUCAUAAUUGUGCUGGCCUUCAGGCUUUUCUCCAAGCUACUCUUUUAUUAUUUAUUUGCUUUGCGCUUUUUUAGACAGCUCUGUGAAAGUGUCUUCAAAAAGGAAUAACAAAACAAAGGAGCGUGACUGAAUUAAGUUUUGAGUCAGUGAUUAUUUGAAUGAGGCUUUGUGCUGAAUAAUGCUUAUUACGUCACUGUUCUUUUGACUUUCUUAGAGCUGAUCACUUUGAUCACCCACGCUCACUUUUUUUUGGCCUUCAAGCACAUCUGAGCAAUAAAACGCUACGAGUUUGGGGUCAAGGUUUGCGUUUUCUGUUUUUAUUCCCCCUCCAUUUGAGUAGAAAUUACAUUGAGAAGCCCUAAGCAAAAAAAUAAAUAAAUUGAAGGAUGAUGCACAUUAAAACAAAGAAAUUAUGGCCUAAAUUUUACUUAAUCUCUGUGCUUAAACUCCACACAUUAUUUAACUUAUAGUGUCACUUUAAAUUAUUGAAAUUAUGUAUAUUUCUUCAUUCCAAGAUAUAGGAGCUUAUAAGAAAAUCGAUUGAAUCGGGUAGGUUGGCAUAUGUUGUCUUUUUUUGUUGAGCUGAGUUUUUGUUUUUUAAGCAAUGCUGAUAUUCCUGUGUUGUCCUCUUAAGUAAAUCUUAUUUAAUCAGUUGUGGGGGUUUUGUUUUUUGGCGUGGUUUUCUUUGGGAUGUGGGGUGACUCUUGGACUAUUGGAUGAUUUUUUUUUUUUUUUUUUUUGCCGUUUCUUUUGCAUUAUCACUCCGUGAAAUGAUGCCACGUCCUGUGUUGUGAUAUCACAAUUGAAACGUUCCUUUACGCUGCCUGGAGGCCGGUGAGUACUGGCGUCUGUCUCACUGAUUUGAAUUUGAGCCCAUACCGACUGACUGACUCUCAGGAUCAACCAAUCUGGAAAAUGGAAAAUUCUACCAACAACAAAGUAUUUUUUCACACCUGCAAAUCAUCCAUUUUUUUUCCGAUAUUGUUUUGAGGACAAUUUACAACCGUUAUCCCAAGAGGCUGAGAUGCACACGAGGAGCUGAUUUGUCAUUUUAUUGACCUCUAUGUAUUUUUACGAUUUGUUGGCCUAUUUAAAACUGAAUAAAGAUCUUUAUUAGAAUA